UAUCAUUUAAUUUUAAAUAAUCUUUUACAUAUAUUUUAUCAUCUUCAUUUUAGUUUGUGCAUUGCGAUUUUACAUCACAUACAAGAGUUUCUUCAAAAUAUUUGUAGUGUUAAUCCAAAUUUACUAUAAUGGGAAAAGCUUCCUUGUCUAAUGAGGUGAAGACGCUAGUUUUAGUUGGACGUACCGGUAAUGGAAAAAGUGCAACAGGAAAUAAUAUUCUUGGAAGGAAAGCCUUCAAGUCAAGGAUGAGCUCAUCUGGUGUAACAAGUGUUUGUGAGUUGCAAACAACUGCUAUAAAAGACGGACCAAUUAUUAAUGUUAUUGACACUCCAGGCUUAUUUGAUGGAACUAAUUCUGCUGGAGGAGAAAUAGUCAAAUGUAUUGAUUUGGCCAAAGAUGGAAUUCAUGCAAUUGUUUUGGUGUUUUCUAUUAGAACUCGUUUUUCUGAAGAAGAACAAGCUACUUUUCUUACCUUACAAGCUUUAUUUGGACACAAAAUUGUUGAUUACAUGAUUGUGGUAUUCACGGGAGGAGAUGAAUUAGAAGAAACUGAGGAGACACUUGAUGAUUAUUUAGGUAGUAACUGUCCACAAUCUCUCCAGGACAUACUCACUUUAUGUGGCAAUCGUAAAGUACUUUUCAAUAAUAGGACUAAGGACAAAAGUAAGCAAUUGGAACAGGUUCAACAACUUCUCAAUCUGGUGAAUGUAGUUAUGUCACAUAAUGUUGGACAACCCUUUACAAAUGAGUUGUUCAGAAGAUUGAAGGAGAAAGCAACUGAAACUGAAAAGGCAGAAACAUUGGGAAUUAAAAUGCAAUUGCAAAAAAGAUAUGAUGACGAGCUUAAACGAAUGACUAAUAUGAUUGAAUCAAAGUUGAAGGAAGAGAUUGCAAAACUUAUGAAAAUGUUAGAAGAAGAGAAGGUUGCUAGAGUUAAGGCAGAGCAAAAUUAUAAAUCAGUCCAAGCUACAUCAAAUGAAGAAAUCCAGAAACUGAAAUGGGAUCUUCAAGAGGCAAAUAAAAGAAACACGAGUAGGGGUGGAAGUGGAGGUGGGGGAUGUGCCAUUCUUUGAUUCUAAUAUCUUCAAAUAUUUCUACUUACCUUUAUGAUUGUGAUGUGAGUGUUUGUAUUUUUAUAUAUAUGGUCUAAUACUCUUUCAAAUGUUGUAUAUAUUUACUAAGUAUCCUUGUAAUUAAAUU